GAUGAUCCAGGUCAACAGCUGAGAGGGCAGAAAAGUUUGUGACAGGACUCAACAUUCCCCUGAAAGCCCAGAUCCUGAUUCACACCUCACUCUCUCUGCUCUGAAUUAUUCACUUCUGUUUCUUUCCUAAAAAAACAAAAAAAAAAAAAAAAAAGGUUUGUUCUGACAGAAGACUGUGCUCCACUGGAUUUCCUUCUCCUUUUGGUGUGUUUUGGACUGAAUCAUGGAGUUGUCGGAUAUCUCUUUUCCCAUCCCUGCUGCUGAUGAUUUCUAUGAUGACCCCUGCUUCAACACCAGCGACAUGCACUUCUUCGAGGAUCUGGACCCGCGGCUGGUCCAUGUGGGCCUGCUGAAGCCAGAUGACUCCUCCUCUUCAUCCUCGUCCUCCCCUUCCUCUUCUUCUUCCUCCCCGUCCUCCCUCCUGCAUCUCCACCACCACGCCGAGGGAGAGGACGACGAGCACGUCCGAGCCCCCAGCGGGCACCACCAGGCGGGCCGCUGCCUGCUCUGGGCCUGUAAGGCCUGCAAGAGGAAGACCACCAAUGCGGACCGGCGGAAGGCGGCCACGCUGCGGGAACGCCGGCGGCUCAGCAAGGUCAACGACGCCUUCGAGACCCUGAAGCGCUGCACCACGGCCAACCCCAACCAGAGGCUGCCCAAAGUGGAGAUCCUGCGUAACGCCAUCAGCUACAUCGAGUCCCUGCAGGCGCUGCUGCGCGGCGGGCAGGAGGACGGCUACUAUCCGGUGCUGGAGCACUACAGCGGGGACUCGGACGCAUCCAGCCCCCGCUCCAACUGCUCCGACGGCAUGACGGAUUUUAACGGCCCGACCUGUCAGUCCACCAGAAGAGGAAGUUAUGACAGCUCUUAUUUCUCCGAGACUCCAAACGGUGGUUUGAAGAGUGAGCGGAGCUCCGUGGUCUCCAGCCUGGACUGUCUGUCCAGCAUCGUGGAGCGAAUCUCCACCGACAACAGCAGCCUCCUGCCGGCUGCCGACGGGCCCGCGUCUCCGCCGACAGUCACGGCCAGCGAGGCUGGAGGGAGCGCCCCGCCCGUCCAGGUCCCCUCCCCGAACGCCAGCCAAGACCCCAGCCUCAUUUACCAAGUCCUAUAGAGCCUCACGCACAGACAUCCACCUGGACAAUACCAUGCCGUCGAACCGUCCACUCAUUUCACAGACCCACACGCAGGGAAAGCGAUCACUUUCACCACGCAUUUACACUGAAGCGAGUCUCUGCAGCACGGUUUUCAGGAAGCUCAUUUCUGCUAG